AUUAACACAUCUUCUAAAGCCCUUUACCUCUUUCAGCACAUUCGCAGAACCCUUCUCACACCAAUGGCGGCCAUAGCCCGCCUCCUCAGAUCCUCCUCCUCCACCGCCGCCGGCUCCGCCUGUUUCGUCAGGAGAUCCAUGUCCACCGCCGCCGCCGCCGCCGCCGCCGCCGCCGAAUCGAGAUCGCAGCCCACCCCUCCCCCUCGCGUGGAUCCCAAGGGCAGGAACGUCCAGUGGGUGUUCCUGGGCUGCCCCGGCGUCGGAAAAGGCACGUACGCUAGCCGGCUUUCGGGUCUGCUCGGCGUCCCGCACAUCGCCACCGGCGAUCUUGUCCGCGAAGAGCUGUCAUCGUCUGGACCUCUUUCCGAGCAGCUUGCAAUUGUGAACCAAGGUAAAUUGGUAUCGGAUGAGAUCAUUAUAAAUUUGUUGUCAAAGAGGCUUGAGAAGGGAGAAUCCCAAGGAGAAUCGGGAUUUAUACUUGAUGGAUUUCCCCGCACGGUUAGACAAGCAGAAAUCCUGAAUGAGGUGACGGACAUAGAUCUGGUGAUAAACCUCAAGCUCCCAGAAAAUGUACUGCUAGAAAAAUGCCUCGGGAGGAGGAUUUGCAGCCAAUGUGGGAAGAACUUCAAUGUGGCAUCCAUCAAUGUCAAGGGUGAAAAUGGGAACCCCGACAUUGUUAUGGCUCCACUUCCUCCUCCUUCACAGUGUGUCUCAAAGCUCAUCACUCGAUCAGAUGAUACAGAGGCUAUUGUUAAAGAAAGACUCCGCAUAUAUACUGAAAAGAGUCAACCUGUGGAGGAUUUUUAUCGUGGCUUAGGGAAAUUGUUGGAAUUUGAUUUGCCUGGUGGUAUACCGGAAUCUUGGCCAAAGCUGCUUGAAGCAUUGAAUCUGGACGAAAAUGAGGAGAAACAGUCGGCCACAGCAUGAGUUUUGAAUCUUCUGAUGGUUGCUUAGUAUGUUCCACUGACAUGCUUAAAAUUUUUGCAGAAAACAAAAUGUUUUGCAUUUUUAUUUAUAUUUUUUUUCAUCUCAAUAUUGAAGAAAUAAAAAAAACAAUGGAGUUCACUUGGUUAAUGACCCUUUGUGGGAAAUAUUUUAUGAGUAUUUUUUGGAGCAAAGUGACUCAUUUUUUGGUUUAUUAUUAUGGCAAAAUGUAAUAAUGAUUCAAAGUGCAGUUAAAGGCGGUAAAUUAGUAAAUUCGAUGAUUCCUCGUAAAUCUUUUGUAGCCUUUUUUUCGUAUGAAUGAAGGUGACAUGAAAGUGUUGUGG